GCACCCCCUUUCUCCCAGCCUGUAGGAGCAGAGAAAACCUUUAGGAGCUGCAGAGUAGGCGAUAUUUUUGGCUUGGGUCACAGAUCAAUUCCUGCCCACUCUUUCCCUGCUACUUGCAGGAAAGGGUCCCCAGCUGAAGAUGUAGAGACAAGCUUUUAAAGCCGUGGAGCAGGAGCACAACGCUGCAGCCUCCCAUUUACCAGGGCUCUCAAAAUUGCAAGAAAACAGAACCCAAAAUGAUCUCAAAGGAACGAUGACCUGUUAAUUUUGUAAACCAAACCGAGUAACAUGAUGUAUCCAACAUGCAAGUGAUUGCAGAUGGAAACAAAUCACACAUCAACUCUUAGCUUGACUACAGGAAAUCUGACUGGUGCUCAUCAGAAAGAAGAGGAGAUGGUGGAGAUGACAAUGCUGAUAACAGUAUCAUCCUCCAUCCAGCCUGCUCCCAUCCGCCACCAUCUUUCUCCCCCUCCCACCCUACCAAAGCCUGGGAAGGACAACCUGCGGCUCCAGCGGCUGCUGAAGAAGGCAGCCAAGAAAAACGCCAUCCUAGUUUCAGAGCAAGCCAAGUCCUUUCGGUCCAGCCUCUCACCCGUGAACGAGGCCAGCCCCGACCUAGAGCACAAUGAAAGCACUCCCACAGCAGAGACCCCCGAAACCACAGCACCCCCCUCUGCCAGCCUUCUGACCUGCCUCUCUGUCAAGCCCAUCACCCAUUGUGUCCCCUCCCCUUUCCGAAAGAGCAAGCCUUUCACGCUGAAGGUCACUGAGCAGAGGCGCAUUGCUGAACACCUCAGGCUCACGACCUCCCCGGCCAUGCUCAUGCUACACAAGCCAGGUGCUCCUGAGACUCCACAGCAGCCUGAAGGCACGGACACCCACCUUCUCUGUCCAGGUGACCCAUCCGUAUUUGUUUUCUCCCAGCCUCCUCCUUCCAGUAUGCCCAGUAAAGAAAGGGCACCAGAGGUUACCUAUGUCACCAAGGUGCACACCUAUUUCCACAGUGUCAAGCCACCCACAUCAAAUCAGACCCAAGCAACCAUCAGCCACGAAGACAAAAGGCCUUCUUCUCCAGCAGCUGAAACAAGCUGCUCUGAACCAUCUUCAGGGCAGAUACCCACCCCGCUCAAUGACAGCAAGGCCACGGCUCCCACACUGGAACCUCCCCUCCUUUCUGCUACGGAGGCAGAGCCUCCUAAGGAGUCCAAGCCUGCUCCUACUGAAGAGUCCAUCAAGGCCCCUUCACCCAAGCCCAGCACCUCCAAUGCCCACACCAAUAAGCCAACGACCCAUGGAAGUGACACAGAAAUACCUGGAUCAGAGAAAGCUCCUGAAUUACCCAAGCAAGAUGGAGACAUCCUAAAACCAUCAACACCCAGCACUCCUUGGAGGCAAGCACACCCAGAGACAGCAACCCCAGCACAAGCUGACAGUACAGGGGCCACCUCCACAGACACCAAGGCAGAACAUGUCAUUCAACCUCAUUUGACCCCCAGCUUACCAAACACCAGCCCUCCCCUCAAAGCUGAGCCAGCACUACCAUCAGUAGAAGAAGCAAGACCUCCUGGAGCCAAUGCUGGUGGCUGGCAUCGCCUCAGAAAGCACUUGAUGGUGCAGCCAGAAGCACCCAACUUCCCAGAGCCUGAGCCAGAAAAGCUGGGACAGGAAGGAGGGAGCAAGGAGAAGGACAGCUCUCAAGUAAUCAUCAGUCAGGACUGCAGGCUGUUUAAAUCAAGGGCCACAAGAAUGUGGGAUGCUAUUUUAUACCAGAUGACAGUUAACAAAGAGAAGAAGCAGCAAGCAGAAGAGAAGAAGCUGCAGAAGGAAGAAAGCUUCUUUCUUCCCCGCCGCUUACCCAUUCUUCUACAUAAGCCACGCUUCGACGCCCGGAAACUGAAGGAGCUGGCUGCCAAACCCAUGACAAAGAUCAGCACCGUGUUCGAGGUGGGCCAGUUUAGACCCAAAGUGGCUGAGGAGCACACCAAGAGCUUUAACAGAACGGCAUCAGGAUGGUCAGUCAACUGAAGCCAGGCUGCUCCACCAGGCCUGCAUCUCUGGAGGUUCCUACAGGGCACCAAGCAAGAGAGCACCUAUGUCUAGGUUUACUGCCCCGACAGAGCCAAGUGUAAGGAAAAAAAUAAAAUUAAAUAAAACCCCUGCAAGCCAGCAGCCUCAUGCUGUGGGUUUAAGGGUUACUCUCCAUAUGUAGAUAAGCUUAAAUGCAUAACAUACCACAUCCACAGGUCAUGAGCCAGGAAAGCAAACAUGCUCCUGUUUUAAAAAAGCCAAUAACCACUGUAUGCAGUAAUACAGGGAAGAGAGGGGAGGCACACAGUGAAGAAGGACAAAUUGCCUGUAGAAAAAGCCCAAUUUAGAGGAGGAUGAUGGAAUCUGAAUUUAUUUUAUUGUGUUUAUUUAAGACCAAGAGAAAUCCUAGAAAUAAAAGCAGUUGUAGAUGAGACAACAUGAAGGAAUCUGGGUUGCUCCACAUCUCCUCUAGGGAUUCUUAGAAACUGAACUCAAAGGAGUGUAUACAUCUCUUUAGCUUCUCCACUGAAAGUGCUGUGGAGGACACCUCACACCCAUUUGCUGAGAAUAAGGUAGAAACUCAUCCUUUCACCCAAGGCACAGACAAGGGACAGCAUAAGAUAUCCAUCCUGCUCUCACAUAGCAGUUCCCCUGCCUAAAACACUGGACAUCAUCAUUUGAUGUCCUCCUGGGUCAGUCUACUAAAUCAUAGUGCACAGAAGACUAACUUUGUUGCAGUAAAAUACAACAGAACUUGAUUACAGUGCUUUAAUACAGCUGGGGGUUAGUAUUUUCAUGAUAACCAGCAAGAGCCUGCUUCAGCAUGUGGGUAUCCAACUCUGUAUUUAACAAGGUGCUGUCUUCUGGGGGUUUCUGCUAACCACAUGUAGUCUUGUUUUCAGAGGCAACAUCAUAAUAGUUGCAUACCUAUUGGUGACUGAUGUCCUGAAAAAAGGGUAUUUAAAACAAAAUCCACAACUCUGUCCAUCCACAGGGACAACUGUGCUUUCCAGCAUUACAGUCACCCUGUGCAUCUCCAUCACCACCAAUCUUACAAGCAUGAAAGCUGGAGAUCAGCUAUUUCUGUUUCUCAAGGGACUUUGUCAUAUGCUUUGUCAUAUGCUGGCAUAUUCCUACACAGCUAAUAUAGGAUUGCUAUGUUUAGUCCAAAUAAGAAACUCGAUACACAGCUUUUUACAUUCUCUUCAUGUGCAGAGGAUAUGGAGCUGACCAAAAUUUCCCCAAGCCAAACUGUGAACAGACUUAGAAAUAAAAUCAAGAGCCCCUUUUGCCUUUUUGAAGUAUUCCAAUUUUGCAACGAUGCUAUCAGAAGAGCUCAGUUAUAAUCAAACCAUCGCUGAAGUUUUCACUUUACUGGUCUUAUCCUCUGUUUUGUAACCCCUUCCCUAUUCUAAGAAAAAAAAAAUGAGAAGGAAGAAUAACCCAAGUAUCUAAAAUUUGGAUUUCUCUGACCCCCCCAGUAUUCCAGGAAAAAGCUGAAAAGAGGUAGGUUGGAAAUGCACCAGUAAUCACAAGUGGAUCCCAGGUAAGCCUUUGCAGGAUAAUUCAACAUGCUGCAAGAGAAGGCUAUAGAGAAAGAUCCAUGCAGCAACACAAAAUCAAAAAGAGUGCAGCUUAAAACAUGUAGAAUGCCUAAUGCAGAUAAAGAUGACCUAACCACACAGCAAUAAAAUGGCACCUUACUGUAGCAUAGAUAAUUGGAUGGCUCUGCACAAGAGUCUGCAUUAGUCUGCAUUCACAAGAUCCACAGCAUUAGCAUGAAGCAGAACAGCCAAUAUUGAUUACACUUGGGAGACUAAGUGAAUCUGGCCAGAGAAGAUGGUUUCAGAAGCAAUUGUGCUUUAAUCCACUUUGUCCUGCAGCGAGGACAACCACCAAGAACAAACCAGCAACUCUCACACACGGCAAUGAGGAAUGGCUUAUGUCUUGCAUCUGCUGGGCUUCCCUCCAGGCUGCAUUCACAACCCAGCCCCACUGCACAGGGAUGGAGGAUGGAGAAUCACCAGUGGGGAGAGCAAUGCCUGCAGUGGGAAGCAGAGGAAACCAGGUCUGGCUGCAUGGUUUAGCCCUUCUGCCCCACGAGUAAAGGGCAGAGGCAUACAGCAGGCAUGGGGAGUCCUGCAGAGACAGACCCUGGCAGGAGAGCAUUGCAGAGGAGAGAACAGAUGCCUGGAGGCAAGAGGAGAGUUACACCAGUGGUUCUGCAUUGGGAGCCAUUGCAGCAUGUCCCAGCUUGAGCCACCGUGUUGAGUGAGGGAAGAGGAACACUGCUGGACACAGAGUUUGGUUGUUUUUCAAUGUCAAAGAGCUUCAUGGCAGUUCGUAAGAGCCCAAAUUGCCACUUACAGAAAACCUCUUGCUCUGCAGCCUGCUCAGAGGUCCUGCAGCUCAGGAAAGGAGGGGAGGAGGAAGAACUGUACCUGUGCUCAAGCAGCUAGAAAGCUGAUAAGAUGGUGUUGAGCGAGUGACAUGGGGGUGAGCCAGAAGAGUUUGGAGCAAAAAGGCAACUGUGAAGGGAUCUGGCAGUAGGGAAAAAGGACAAACAUAGUUCAGGGCGGUGGAGAGGAGCUGGGGAGCGGGGACCUCUCAGCACACAAAACAGCCAGCUGAAAACUCAAGAACAGAAACAAGCCAAGAUCCUCCAAGCUAUCCCAGUCAUUUUGCUAUUCACAAAAAAACCUUCCUUGUGAAUGAGCCCAUAGGGCAACAGUGCUGUGCAGUGGUUGUUUGGAGUACUGGGUGGAUCCUAGAGGACAUCCCAUGACAGUCACUGGCCUUUUAAGAAAGGAUGCUGGAAAAAGAUCAGAGCUGAGGGUACUUUCCUUUGAGCUGCUUGCAGAAGCUCAGGUAGGGCAAACAAAACUUGCUGACAACCUAGCAAAACCUGUUUGCUAUAAAGAAUUGAAGCUCAGUAGGAUCCCACCUGGUGCAUCAAAACAGACUUCAGGAAAAAGAAGAGGACUGAUCAAAGAGGAGACCUUAAAAUAGGUUUCUGAAAGCCACAGGCAGAGAAGCAAGUCGAGGAUACAAGUCCAGUGGGCCUCCUUCUUUACAUCUAAAAAAAACAUAGCUUUGGGCAGUCUUGGGUUUGUACUACUGCCCAUCUCAAAGUGGCAUUCAAGAGAGCUUCUCUUCUAAAUGGGCACCACAAAAGGAAAAAAAA